CAGAGCGCGCACAGCCUCUCCACACUCCACUAUGACCGCCAGUCUCCUCUGCUGUGGAUGCUACAGGGAUGUAAUGUGUUUUGGGAAGAGUGUCGGGCAGCAGCGACUCACCAACACCAUCAUCACCAUCAUCAUCGCUGCCACUGACUGAGCCUGACGUGAAUGACAAGUGGGGAGAACGCCUUUACGCAAACCAACUGCACAGGAAUGUGCACAAGUCAGGCUUCUUAAAGCGACAUUGUGGACUUACACAUCUGCCUUUGUUUGUAAACACGCAAACCGAGCUGGGAAACAUUUAUAUUUUAACCAGUUUAUUUGAUUUAUAAAUGUAUUAAUUGGUGAGAGCUGGGUGGAGGAGGGAGUGCUGUUGAUUUUUUUCUCUUUGGAACAAGACAAACUUCUGCGAUGGCACUGGUGAUGGAGCCUGUGAGCAAGUGGAGCUUCGGCCAAGUGGUGGACUGGAUGAAAGGCCUGGACGACUGCCUGCAGCAGUACAUCAAGACCUUUGAGCAGGAGAAAGUAGGGGGCGACCAGCUGCUGCGUAUCACACACCAGGAGCUGGAAGAUUUGGGAGUGUCCAGAAUUGGUCACCAGGAGCUGGUACUGGAAGCCGUGGACCUGCUCUGUGCGCUGAACUACGGGCUGGAGACUGAGAAUCUGAAGACACUCUCUCAUAAGCUUAACGCGUCUGCCAAGAACCUGCAGAACUUCAUCACAGGCCGACGGCGCAGCAGCCAUUACGAUGGCCGAGCCACGCACAAGCUGCCCAACGACUUCCUGACCUCAGUGGUAGACCUGAUAGCUGCAGCCAAAAGCCUGCUGGCGUGGUUGGACAGGUGCUCCUUCUUUUUCAGGUCUCCGUUUGCUGCAGUGGCAGAUUACUCCUUGACCAGAAACAACGUGAUCCAGCUGUGUCUCGAGCUCACGACAAUUGUACAACAGGACUGUUCUGUGUAUGAAACAGAAAACAAAAUCCUGCAUGUGUGCAAAACCCUGUCUGGAGUGUGUGACCACAUUAUCUCUCUGUCCUCCGAUCCCAUGGUGUCCCAGGCUGCACAUUUGGAGGUUGUUCAGCUACCCAACACAAAGUCCACUGAAGGAUUGGGCAUGUACAUCAAAUCAACAUAUGAUGGCUUGCAUGUGAUCACCGGGACGACAGAAGGAUCUGUGGCUGACCGCUGUAAGAAAAUCCAUGCUGGAGAUGAGGUCAUUCAGGUUAAUCAUCAAACUGUGGUGGGCUGGCAGUUGAAGAACUUGGUGAACUCGUUGCGCGGGGAUCCUGCAGGUGUGACGCUGACGCUGAAGAAACGCCCGCAGAGCACGCUCACCUCCACGCCGGCCCUCCUCAAGAACAUGAGAUGGAAGCCAUUGGCUCUGCAACCAAUAUUCCCUCAGAGCCCCGGCAGCGGCAGCGGUGUUGCCACGCCCACCAGCACUUUGAGCACUCCGUCCAGGAGGAGCAGCUGCGCCCUGCAGGACCUCUACAUACCUCCACCUCCAGCAGAGCCGUACACCCCCAGAGACGACAAGGGAAAUCUGCCCGGUGACGAUCCUCAAUCGGACAUCCAUGUCACAGAGGGAUCUGAGUCACCAAACUCCUACCUGGACCAGGAAUGUCAGCAGCGAUUUCCUUUGGUGGAGGAGGAUGCUAUAUUGUACUGUUACGAGUACGACCAGAACCAGGACGCGUCAUCAGUCCGCAGGGGGAGCACUCCCACCUAUGGGAGACUCAGGCCCAUCUCAAUGCCAGUGGAAUAUAACUGGGUGGGAGACAAUGAAGACCUGGCCAAGCAGAGGAGAGAGAGUCGUAGAGCAGAGAAUUCCUUGUUGCGUUUCGCGAGUGAAGACAAAAGGCCCGCAGAGGACUUCCUGCUGGGACGCAGUCUGAGCCAGAACAGGAGGAAGACUGAGCGUGGAGGCAGCCCCACCCAUUACACACUCAUCCCCGCCCUGCAGAUGGAAGUCUCCAUGUCCACGUCCAGCUCUGACUCUGCGUCCCUCUACCACGUGUUUGAGCGAUCCUCGCUGCUGUCCAGGUCAAAGAAGAACAAGAUCAAAGUUGAAAGCCCGAUGUCCUCAGUCAGUAAGCGGAGGAUUUCCUGCAGGGACCUGGGUCAGGGUGACUGUGUGGGCUGGCUGUGGAAAAAGAAGGACGCUAAGACCUAUUUUUCACAGAAAUGGAAGAAGUAUUGGUUCAUCCUAAAAGACACGUGUCUCUACUGGUACAUGAACGAGGAGGACGAGAAAGCCGAGGGCUUCGUCAACCUCCCGGAGUUCAAGAUCGAUCGUGCAACUGAGUGCAGGAGGAAGUUUGCUUUCAAGGCUUGCCAUCCGAAGAUAAAAACCUUCUACUUUGCAGCGGAAAAUGUAGACGACAUGUCCCGGUGGCUGAGUCGUCUCAGUAUGGUGGUAGCAGGAUACUCCGAGCAGGAGAAAAUGCACAAGGACCAAGAUUACUGGAGUGAGAGUGAUCACGAGGACAUGGAAAUGCCCUCGAUGUCAAAACAGGACAGCCCACCACCACCUUAUGACACCUUUCCCAGAGCAUCCUCAGUGAGUCCAUACCUGGAACCAAAACGUAGCCAUCUCUCCUCCUCCGACACAUUCCAGUCCCGUUCCUCUCAUGAGGACUAUCACUCCGAGCCUCACGAAGGCAGCAACAGCAACAACAGCGUCUCCCCCGGGCAGAAGACCAGCAGCCAUCGAAACUCGUGGCAGGACCAGAUGGAGGGCAACACGCGGAUGCACUACCUCCAGACGUUUCCCGUGGACGAGCCCCUGCUCUCUGAUGACAGGGACCAGCUGCCGAUGGAGUACCGCAAGGAGUCCACGCUGCCCGCAGCACGCAGCCUGCUGCAAGAACAAUACCGGGCCAUGCCUGUGCCCCUCAGAGCCAGUUUCGACUCGGAGACGGGGGGGAAACCCCGCAGUUUCACGCUCCCCAGGGACAGUGGGCUCCACGCUAUCCUCGCCGCCUCUGCUGCUGUUUCAGAUCCACGAGAGAACCAGCACUAUCAGCUGGACCGAGUCAGAGACACAGGUCAUGGCCGAGACUGCAGGAUGCAGGCAGACUCUCUGGGGGAUUUGUACCGGGCUCUGGAGCGGACAAGUCUGUCCAGCUCAGCCGAUCACAGAUCGGCCAGCCGCCUGGAGUACAAGCGUUCAUUUGUCCGUCGAGUUAAUGACCCCCUGCUUAAUGACAAGCUUCAUCGCCUCCGGAUCCUCCACAGCUCACUGAAGGAUGUCCCUCUUCAAGACACAAACCAGUCCUUGGGUUUUUUAGGGUAGAUAAAACCUCAUCCAUCACGUCGUCUGUUUGUGCCUCACACAGCUGCAGAUAAAAGGCACCAAAGCCCAAAACUCUUUUUUCGUCCCUGCUUGGCUCUUCAUCUCCUCUGCUUUGCACAGCCUUGGUGUCCCUCCCUGCCCGACCUCGCUGUUUUUUUUUUUUUUUUAGAUGAGGGCUGUGACAAAAAGGCAAAAGAGACGUCUGACUCGAUAACACAACUUGUUGACUCACAGGGUUUCCGACUGAUGAAUAAGCACUUUGUAUCUGCGUCAAAAGGGAUCGUGUACAGCCUCUCUGGAAGGAUGAGGGGACAAAGGCAUUUUGGAUGCGCACAUUUUGUUAUGCAUGUGUGUCUGAUUACUGGGUGUGUUUCAGGGUGUUAAAACAUACAUAUUUAAUAUAACGUUACAGCAACAGUGACUAUACAAUGUGGGGUACUUACAGUAUACAAGUUGUACAAGUGCUGUGCCUCAGUGAUUGUGAAUGUAUUGUACUUUUCCAAGAGGGACAAAGGAUGAAACCGAAAGAAAGCUAUACCUCUAAACAGGGACAUGUGAAUAUGACGCUCGGCAAUAAUGAACUAGUCUUGUAAAUUACAGAUGAAUGAUCAGAGUAGUUGUCUAUUUUUGUAUGCAUGCUGUCUGAUUGUUUGUAAAACUGUUUUGUAUUUCACAGUGUGUUACACGAGUCCACAUCCCUUUAGCACAUUGAGGUUGUUUUGUUUUUUAAAGACCUAUUUCACAUUUUGUUCCAGUACAGUUUGCUUUUAUGUCAAAAAGAGGAGGGAGCCGUAUUUAUUAAGUGUUUAAUGUACAAGCAUGCUUUGUAUGACGCAAACACACGACCAUGUCAUUUGAAAUUGAAUGAUGUUUCUCAAAAUUGCUAUAUUAUAGCUAUAAGUUCCCCUUUUUUUAAUUAAAUAAAGUUUCACAUGG